UUGGAUCCCUUUACUUUCUUCAUUUAUUAACAUUUCAUUACUACACUCUGUUAAGGCGUGCCGGAAAGCACCCAAUUUACAAGCAACUCUGUUUUCUGAACAACGGCCACAGCUGACACAAAAAUUCCCUUGUUGCCCCAGAAUUGAUUCCUGUAAAACGCUAAAUAAUGAAUCAGAUUGUCGAUACUGAAAUAAACACUCUGAGCCCCAUGACUUCUACUCAAGCCAGCUUCAUUAUAUUGGCCUUGUUGACUGACAGCACAUUGUGUUGCUGGAGCUGCGGAGCUUUGUAAUCAUCUCAGACCUCCCACAAGAAGAGGCGUCAGGGAUUUGCUACAGCAAACAGAACAUAAUACUGACCAAUGCACAAGUACUGGGGGAAGAACAAAGAUUCAGAGCUCCAGCAGAGUUUCUAAACUUAUGGAAAAGGCUCUGUAGCGGGCGGGAAUUAUCGGCGUUCCUUUAGUCUCUUUGAUCAAUAAUUAAGAGUUUUCUGCCAUACUACAUUCAUGGAUCAGCCUAUUAAACGCAGGCCCAAGACAGCUCCAGCACUGAGUGAGGUUUACAUUCUGAAUAAGCGAGAAGAAGAAAGUCUAUGUGCAAAGCUGGAUGGGAUUCACUACAAGCACCAUGCAGGGCUGAGAAGGCUGAGUCAAGAUAUUGACCAAAUCGCAAGGCAACGGCACAGUUUGCUUAACCAAAGGGCUGUUACCCCACAGUCAACAUUAGAGCACAACAUGAAUGAUAUUAAGACUUUCAAACAAAACAAACACGGCAAACAGAGGACACUGGGACAUUUACCAGCUAGUACAGAGAUAAGCGUUGAGGUAAUAGAUAUGUAUUCAAAAUGGCCUCCUUCUUCAUUGAAGAAUAAUAGAAAAAGGCAGAGUUUCUCUCUGUCUACACCAGAAAGAACUUCUCUGAACAUGAAUCCAAGCACAGAUCACAGAAAUCUAGAGUAUUCAGAGAAAAACAUUGUUUGGAAAACGAGGCCAAACUCUAGCGGGCUACAAAGGUCCACCAGCGGGACUGACCUGUUGACAUACAAGGAGCUGGGUGGAAUUGCCCGACUGGACAGUAUUUCUAUAAGGGAAGCUGAAAAGAGAGAGAAGCAGAAGCUCUUGGUCAGACAAAGACACAGCAAGUCCCUUGACAUUGAAAUACGACAAAGAAUUGAUCAGUUCUUUAUGAAACUGGAGUCACGUUGAGAUGUUUGCAGAUGGUUUUACUAGAAAGGUUUUAAACAAAGCCAAGAUACAGGUUAAAGGGGAAGGAAAUCUAGU